UGUAUAUACACCAGGUUCAACGAUAUUGUCAGAUAUGAAAAAGACACUGGACCUUUUCUUUUCGAUGUUUAAAUCCAAAGUAAAAGUAAGAGGAGAAGUUCAACAAGAGGAAAUACCUCGCGAACAAACUCGGGAAACUUUUUCCUCUUCAGGAGAAGAUAAACCCAAGGAAAUAACACCUGAACAAAGCAGCGUUAUAAAAGCAAUUAUGCACACCAAAAUAGAUUCCGAAUGUACUGAGGAAGUGAAGGGUUUUGUCACAAUCUAUGACUUUGGAGGGGAGAAGGUUUUCUACAACACACAUCACUGUUUCAUGUCAAGCAACAUGGUCUUUGUCCUGGUAUUUGACGUGGAUAUGUGUCUGGACCCGCACACACAAAAGGAUGGUUACGAGCAAAUCGAGUUCUGGCUGAGGAAUAUCGCGACCUAUGCCAUCGACAGAGCAGCACGCGGUAAAGGAACUCCUCCUAUCAUCCUUGUAGGAUCUCAUUUGGACCUUGUUUCUAAAAAUGAAGAAGAACAGGAAAGGUUGUUUGCCUCUGUAUUAGAAAAGCUGUACGAGAAACCUGAACUACGUGAAGUUAUGGAAACCCACGUCCAGGAGAUGUUCCCAAUUGCAAAUCUAAACGAUUCCUCUAAAACCCAAGACGUGUACCAGCGGGUGUGGAACAGGAUAAUAGAAAUUGCCCCACUGCAAUCUCAAUGGAUGAAGCCAGUACCUGCAAGAUGGGUUGCCUUGGAACACGAGCUGGUGACAACGAAGAAUGAAGGCCGGAUAAUCCUGACAUAUGCCGAUUUGUUAGAAAUCAAUAGCAAGCUAGCAGUGCCUUUAGCAGAACAUGACAUCAUAAACUUCCUGUGGAAACUGAAGUUCUCCGGAUCUUUCCUGAUCUUUGAUAUUCAUAGCAAGAGACCGUUCAUCGUUCUUCAAGCACAAUGGAUAAUUAAUGCAUUCAAAGCAAUCAUCACUGACCCCAAAUUCACUACCAAACUAACGACGAAGCAAAGACUGCAAUGGUCAAAAUAUGAGAAAUCCGGUAUUUUAACAUUAGACUUUAUAAGGGAACUUUGGGGACGGUACAAGGAAUUUCGGUUCCUGGAAGAGGAGGAAACACUCUACAUUGCACUCGAAACUCUCGGUUUACUUUCCAAACCACUGUCUGUAGAUUCGGAGGUGAAUUACUUCGUAGUACCGAGCAUUCUCCAAACUGCAGAUCCCGAGAUUAUUCGUCAAGUUAUUGAUGAUCCUGACACUGUCACAACCGUUGCUCUUUGCCUCAAGUUCGACAAUCCAUUCAUCCCACAGGCCGUGUGGGACAAGAUGAUUGCCGCUUGUAUCCACAGGUUUCAUCGACUUGAAGAACCCGGUCAGGAUGGAUCAAUAUUCAUCCAGCGUGGAUUUGCUUGCCUGUCUGUGGAUUUCCUGUGGAACAUGAUCAUCAACUGUUGCAAAAAUGGUAUGAAGAUCAUUAUGUUCAAAAGGGACACAGGCCACUCAGUACCAUCAGGAACUGGAAUUAACCUUCUCAACAUUCUUGAAUUUCUUCUCCAAAGGAUUCUUGAGUUAAAUCACCAAAGUCAUCUACGGUACCAAUUCUACCUCCACAACGACUACCGGUUCACAGCAAAUGAAAAGAUGGUAAAAGUGGACAAUCUUCGACAGACACGACGUCUACAAUGCUACGGCUCAAAUGGAACUGGAUGGAUAGACAGCGACGACCUCUACAUCUGGUUCAGGAACCCAAAUCAGAAGACAAAACGGACUCAUAUGCGUGACGUUGACUUGACGAAGGCUUUACCGGAUAGAAGGCUAUCGUUCAAAGAGAUUGGUAGAGUCUCGAGAUAUAUCGGCAGUACAUACCAAACCUUCUUUGCCGAGCUGGACUGUCCAGUCGCGCUAGUGGAUCAGGAGAUGGAAGAGCACCGUCACCUCGCCUUUAGAUCUCGCAUAGCAAAGAUAUUCGUUCAUCUCCUCAAAACGAAUGCUGAUACUGGAUUCCUUUCUAUAGCAGAAGCAAUGUCACGACACGGGAUGGACCCCUCCAUGCUCAUGGACAUUCUGGACUCCAACAGGAAUGUGAUGUUUAUAGACGAGACAUUGCCGGAAAAAUGGUUAAAUAAGUACUUGUCUGUCAAUGAUGUUCCGAUCAUCGCUGAUCACGUAGACAUCAAAUCAUAUUUCAAUCUGUUUCUGGAACUUGGAUUCACGCCCAAAAGAGUGGAUGAGUUUGACGACCACUACAGAAACAAGGGAACUCCAAAGAAAAUCACUGCUUUGCUGGAAGCGUUCAUUAAAGGGACCACGCCAUGCCCAACUGUGAAUACAUUACUCCUGGCGAUGCAAGAAUGCGACAUGGACACCGAAUCUCUCAUUGAAACCCUUAAGCCAUCAUAGGUUAAGGACUUCAACAUGGUUCUAAAACCCAAGAGCUGGUGUCUGCUAUCAUAUAAUUGAUGGACUGCUCUAAUUGUCGCUGACUGGUACUAUGCGAGCUUUUUCUCUAUCUGCGCGGUUUUAAAAGACGUUGAACUAAAAACUGUUUCCGAAGGACUACUUCUAGAACAAUUUUAAAACGUAGUAUUAUCAUUUUAUCAAAGUCAGUAUAUUAUGUUUAGUAUAUUUCAAAUUACUUGCGAUUGUGGUAUGUCGUAAAUGUGACGUUAUUGUCGAUGGAUGAUAUUUGUAUUUGCUGUAAAGGUUAUACAAGUGUGUGCUGCGUGACAAGGAUGUUUACUAACCAGAGAUGUGAAUACAGGUAACAUAAAUAAGGUGUUAGUGCGUAAUGACAGGGAGACGCAAUGAUGUUUAGUGUAAUAGAAAAAAAUACUGGAAUAUAAAUACAGACUACAUAACUAGGAUGUUUUCUGUAUUAUAACAGGGAUUACAUACAGGCUACUAACUAGGAUGUUUACUGUGUUAUAACAGAGAUAUAAUACAAACUACAUAACUAGGAUGUUUACAAUGUUAUAACAGAUAUGUAAUUAAACGCUGUAUAACUAGGAUGUUGACUGUGUUAUACCAGAUAUAUUAAUAAAGGCUACAAAACUAGGAUGUUAAGUAUAGUAUAACAGUAAUGUAAAUACAGGCUACAUAACGAAGAUGUUUACUAUGUUAUACUAGAUAUGUAAAUACAAACUACUUAACUAGGAUGUUUACUGUGUUAUAACAGUUAUGUAAACAAAAGGCUACAUAAUUAUGAAGUUUACAAUGCUAUAAGUGUGACCUGAAUAUCGGCCUAGGAAUUUUACUGUAGUAUUACUAGGAUGUAAAUGCAUGCUACAUAACCAGGGUGUUUACUGUGUGAUAACACAUAUGUUAAUGAAAACUACAUAACUAGGAUGUUUACUGUGUUAUAACAGAUGUGCCAAUACAGGCUAAACGACUAGGAUGUUUACCGUGUUGUACCAUGGAUGCAAAUACAGGCUACAUAACUAGGAUGUUUACUUUGAUAUAACAGAUAUGUAAAUACAGGCUUCAUAACUAGGAUGUUUACUUUGUUAUAACAGAGAUGUAAACAUAAGCUAUAUUACUAAGAUGUAACUAUAGUUUUUGUUUAGUUAUUAUAGGGAUUUAAAUAUAGGCUAUAUGAAAGACUUUGAGUGGAUAUAGUUCGUCAUACAUAAAUGCUUACAGAAAGUUAUUUACCAAAUAACCAUUUUUUGUAGAGCUGCUUGUUUUCCAGAAGAACACAUAUUUGUCAAAAAAAAAUCGAUAUAUAUGAUAUCAUGAUUUUUAUUUUUUUUAUCGAUUUUAUUUUAUUUGUACAGUUUUUAUUUGUAUUGAACGUAAUCACUGAUAAUACAAAGUAGAUAUUUAAUGGUAUAAAUCUGAGGUAUGAUGAUGCAGAAAGCCAAAUAAAAGUAUACUAGCAAUAUGGCUAUGUCUUAUAAUUAGGAUUAAUUAGCGUUACCAAAGAUCCUAAAGAAAUAUAGAAAAUUAUAAUACACUUUUACCUGUGUAAUGUAAGGAACUAACCAUUUGAUUUCAAACCUAUGAAACAAAAUGGGAAGUAUCAUUGUUAGUACUUCUUAUUAAGAACGGUUCUUGUUAUUAACUGUACAUUUUAAGUCUCAAGGUCAGAUGAAGUGACGACAGCAUACAUAAUUGCCUUUGGUACAUCUUCGCAGAAUACGUUGUGGUGUUUAUAUAACUAAACAAUUUCAGAAUUUCAUUGAAAACUUAUUUAAAAUUGCGUUCUUCCUUGUUAAAAAUGACGUCUUUAUAACCUGGCAUGACUUACUACCAUUCUACUUAACGACUUUUUCUGACGCAUCAAUAUUUGCGACGUGCUGACUUUAAAAAUGGAAUGCAUUAAACAAUGGCAAUCCCAUUGAAUACCAGUUAUUUGUCACGAGUAUAGUAGAAUAUUCCUAUUAUUUCCACGAGCGCAAAUAUCAUUCACUGUCCAUCACCAUACAUAGUUCUGUAAAACGUAUAUUGCACCGCCUAUGAGUAUUCAGAUAAUUUUUAUGCAACAUAACUGAUGACUUAAUUUGAUUUCUAUUGAAAAUCACCGGUACGAUCUUGUCUAAUCAUGUCUAGUCUGUUUUUCAAAUGUAUCGACAUCGCUGUAGCGGUCUUGAUUAACGAGGAUCAAUGACGUUUUGUCGCGUAGUUACAUAAAGCAAUAUGUAGUUGUGCCAUCUGAAAUAAAUUUGCAUUCCGGACCUUUUAAAGACAUUUAUGCUCAUUAACGUAAAAAAACAACAUUUUGGUCCGGCUAUUCAUUUCCUUAUAAUCCAAUACAUUUCUUUGACAUUUUAGUGUACCAGAUGUAGUUUAGCCCCAUGAAAUAGUUUUGAGUUUCAGACCUUUUUAUUAGAGUCAUGCCCCUUUACACUCUUUUUAAUAUAUUUCUUUGAAACUUUUUGUGCAGUGACAAUACCAUGCAGAGGUGCCAAUCCUUCUUUUUUUGGCCUAAUCCAUACGACUAUGCGAACAUACGAAGAACGCCUUCCACCAUUGCCUAUUCACUGUAUGAUUUUGUUUUUUUUCCCCCGAAUCCGGAAAUUCUGCCUGUUCCAACAUCGUUUAAUUAUAAUAUCCUGAUAACAAUCUUCUUUGUGUUUUGAAUAAGCCUAGAAACUGAAGCGUAAUUGAGACUGUGAUCACACUUCCACUUCCUUUAACGAAAUAAAAUGGCGGGAAAAUGUGCUCUCGACGAGAGAGAUAAAAUAGAUAAAAAGUUCAGGAAGCCCGCUCAAAAGAAUGAAAAAGAAACUUAAACCAGAAUACAAAGAAGACAUUUUCAUUGACAUUAUACAACGUACUUCUAUGUUGGGGGUAUACGUGUCACCCCUUCCACUAGGUGACAGCUCUUGUUGGACAUGUAAUAGUUAAGAACAUUUAAAACAAUUCAGAUUAUUAUAUUAUUCUGUGUGAGUUGUAACAGGGCAGAUAAUUAUAUUAUCAUAUAUAAAUUGUAAAAAUUCAUAUAUUAUAAAUUAUUCUGUAUAAGAUGUAAUUGUUCAGAUUAGUAUUUUAAUCGUUAUAAGAUGUUUUAUUUCAGAUAUAUAUA